CGCUUCCAAUCCGGAGCAGGAGGCGGCGAAGUUGGCGAAGGCGGCGAGAGGCUCUCCCUCCGGCGCUUUCCAUGGGCUAAACCCUCUCCCUCCCCAGCAGUGAAGCCUCCCUCGGCCCCGCAGGAUGGCACGCAGUGUUUCGGCUGUUGGUGUUCUUCUUCUGUUUGGGCUUCUCCUCCCCGCCACAGAGAAUAAGAGGAAUCGUGGGUCGCAAGGUGCUAUCCCUCCUCCAGACAAAGCUCAACCCAAUGAUUCAGAACAGACACAGCAGUCUCAGCCACAGCCUGGCUCCAGGCCCCCAGGCAAGAGAAUCAAGCCAUCCAAGGAUGAGGUCCUGGGGUCAAGCCAAGAAGCUCUGCAUGUCACCGAGAGAAGAUACCUGAAACGGGACUGGUGUAAAACACAGCCACUUAAGCAAACCAUCAACGAGGAAGGCUGCAAUAGCCAAACCAUUAUUAACAGGUUCUGUUAUGGCCAGUGCAAUUCCUUCUACAUCCCGAGGCACGUCCAGAAAGAGGAAGGUGCUUUCCAGUCCUGUUCCUUCUGCAAACCAAAGAAAGUCACCACCAUGUUAGUUACUCUGAACUGUCCAGAGCUUCAGCCCCCCAGAAAAAGAAAAAGGAUCACACGAGUUAAAGAAUGUCGCUGUAUAUCUAUAGACUUGGAUUGAGAAGCAGCCAUAUAUAUUCCAUGGCGUCUGCCAUCAGUGCCUCAACCUGCUUACAUAUCUCUAGGCAGGACACUAAUCAAAGAGAACGGCAGCAAACAAUGUACACUCUUUAGGUGGAAAUGUGAACUUCCGCUAUGAAUGUGAGAUGCAUGCAUGUGAAAUCACACAGCCACUUGGAGUGCAAGUUGUCACUUCUUCAACUGUAGCCUUUUCCCUAGGUUCAGUAUCUCACUUUUUCACCAUUAUGUUGGCCUUCCUGUACUGUGAUUGCCAUCUUUCACUAUAAUCUAUGCCAUGGACUCUCCCCAUUACCUAUUUUAAGUGUGUUGUAGCCAAAGGGCUCAACCAUACUUGAGGAUUUCCAAUUUUAUUUGUUUUGAUUGUACCUGCAUAUUCAGAGGUUUAUAUCCAGUUCUUCCUUCCUUCGAUCUUUUGCCGCCACCACUCUCAGGCUGGAGUUACACUGCCCUAUAUUCCAGGAUCUGAUCCCAGAUUAUCUGACAGUGUAGACUCAUAUAAUCCAGUUCAAAGCAGAUAAUCUGACAUCAGUUCCUGGGAUAGAGGACAGUGUAGACCCAGCCUCAUACAACAUUUUAGAAAUUAAUUUUUUACCAAUUUUCAAUGAGUCGUGUUAUUAUUAUUAUUUGUGAGUUAUAAUCAGAGGCUAAAGUGCUUUAACAAUACUAUACUACGUAAGUAUUGAGAUCAUUUUGUUUUAAUGCUAACAUUCCUAUUUCCCUAGAAAGAGUCUUGGAAACAAUAGCUGUUUUGACCUGACAGCUAUCUUUACUGGCUCUGAGAGAGUAAAAGACAUAGCAAGAAACCGAUACAUUUCUUUUUGGAAUUACUUGGUUAAUUUAAACUGGCCUGGGUAAUGGGAAUAAAAUGUCCUGAAAUUCCCCGGAAAAACUUUUGGUGAGGAAAACCUCAUAUGGAUUUCCAAAAUAAAACUUGUUUCUACAGGAACUAACCCUGGGAUUUCCUGAGACAUCUUUAGGCACCCUGUGAGUGCAUAUACUGUAUAUGCACACUGGCUCACACUAUGCAACUAAAUAAAUUAACAAAGCAUAAUGUUUAAGCAAUAAUAAGUGAGUCCAAAAAGUGUGAGUGUCCGGCUGGGAGUGUCCGGCUUCUCUUAUUACAAAUUUGCAGCAAAUUAUCAAUUUGGGGGGGAGGGGGAGAGAGUUGUAUAAUAAAAGUUUGUUUAAAGAAAUCCAUCUCACAUUUUAGUGUGAAGAAGUACCCAAAAGAUUGUUGCCAUGUUGAUUUCCUAGUUAUGCCCAUACUCCAUAACAUUUAGACAUUUUGCAUUAAUAAGUAAUAGGGACAGACAAUACGGACUCAGAUUCUCGCCUUUAUCAGCCAUGACAAGACAUGAUGGAAGUUGCAGUCAAACAACAUCUGGUGGGUCACAGACUUCCCUAAAAAUAGUCAGUUUGGGUAUGAUCCAUGCAAGAAUGGUGCCUACUGCUUGGACAUUUUUAGGGAAGCCAAGUGGCUUUUAGGGUCAACAUUGCAGCUUCUGUCCUGCACAGUAAUGUUGCCAUAGCCUUUUGCAUGGAUUGAAGAGAAGAGCACCUGUGAUGAAUGCUUGAAGCCAUUUUCUGUCAAGCUUUCAAAGGGAACAUAAUGUAGAGCACAACCAUUGGCCCGGUUGUUGGACUCUUAACUCCUAUCAAUGUCAUCCAAUUAGCACAACCAUACGUUAGGGAUGAUGUAAGCUGUUGCACAGCAACAUGUGAAAUGCCACUAAUCUGCUGCCUCAUUCAUAUAUAUAUAUAUCAAACAUGAAAUAUAUUUUAAUUUCUCAAACACUGUUUCUUAGUGGAAAGAGGAAGAUAACACUGUUUAUUUCAUUUGUGGGAUGCACUCUAAGCAAUUUGCUGUCUCAUACUUUGUACCUUCUCCCCAUGUUUUAUAAUAUAGCCACCCUUCUCACCCCACAGCUCCUCUUUCCAUCUAUUCAGGGAUCAAAAUUUGGAAUUGGCAACUACUUAUGGCUUUGCUGGCUACACAUUGGCAUUUUGAUUGUAAGAACUUGAAAAAUCUAACAAUGACAUAGCUUUGUGGUGACAUUCUGCUGCUUUAUAUUGUUGAAGUCCACAAACAGAUAGUUCAGCCAAAAUUCAUAUAUGAUAUGCCCAAGAGACCAUCUUUCUUAUACCUUUCUGGUUCAUUUUACAAGACUGUAGAUUAUUUGUGCUGAAAAUGAAGAAACCACUAAAGAACAAAGAUAGGAGGAAGGGAGAAGGAGAAAAUGAACAUGGCACCACUUUUUAAACUAACUGCUUUUUAUGGAUGUAAAUAUGAUUAUAAAAGUAAGUGACAAAUAAAAAUCAGCUAGUUUUGAAGAUGUCAUAUUCAAUUUUUUCCUCCUCAUCCCUGCCUCCUUUUUAUGCUGAGAGACUAACAUUGCUACCUUGAGAAACAAGAAAGAACAUGCUGACCUAAUAGAUUCAACCCGGGGAGAGUGCGGAUGAGAUCCCUCUAUCAGCUCCAGCUCCAUGCGGGGACAUGAGGGAAGCCUCCCACAAGGAUGGUAAAAACAUCAAAAACAUCUGUGCGUCCCCUGAGCAAAAUCCUUGUAGAUGGCCAAUUCUCUCACACCAGAAGUGACUUGCAGUUUCUCAAGUCUCUCCUGACAUACAUAAAAAAAUAGAUUCACUGAGAAGACUGUAAAAAAAAGUUACUUUUUGGACUGUAGUUCACAUUAUCCUCCAGUAAGUACGACCAUGACAGUGUUGAUUAGAGAUUCUGGAAACUGCAAUCUGAAAGAAAGAAAUAAUAAAUUUUUGCUAAAUUCUGCUUAGAGCCAGCUGAUGUUGGACAGUAAAUAUGCUCCAGUAAUAAUCCAUACAUCACAAGUAAGAGCUGUAUCCUUCCAAACGCAUGAAAAAGCUCAAUCCUAAAUGGGCCUUGACAUGCAUUAUGAUGCAUAUCUGAAUAUUUAUCAGCAUCAUUUAUGGGUGCCAAAGCAUUUUUCCUAAUGCAAGUCAGACAUUGAAUUGGACUGAAUGUAUUUAUUGCACACUUACUGACGUAGUCUGUAGUCGUAACAAUUCAAAUCUAUCCAUAUUACUAAGGUUACCCAUGGUAUCAUUCUAUCUAGAUGUCAGAUUUCUUUUCUUUGUAGGUUAUUAUUUUAAAGCCUGAAUUCUGAGGUACAGGAGAUAAUUUCCACUGUGUGGAAUGUGAAUAGUUAAGCCAAAAUAUAUUUAAUGGUGUUGUCAGUUUCACAGGAUUUCAGUGGUUUCCUGUAUUUCCCAAUUUAUAUUUGGGCAAUGAGACACCUUUUUCUUUUUGAAGUGUUGGGGAUAUUUAUGCUAUUAUCUCUCUUUAUAUUUGCUAUGUGGUGCAACCCUUCCCCCAGGCUUUUUUAUAUUCAAUAUUUUGAAACAAGCUUGUUAAGAAUUUGAGGCAAAUAAGUAAGGGGGAAUUAGUUGUCUAUGUAAGAAGAAAAACCACAGAAGAAUUUUCAGACGAAAGGUGCAGAUUUUAUACCAAGGCUGAUUACUAAUCAAUUUUUCUCCUGUAUAAAGCAAAACAAAAAUAUGUGCAAAGGGUUCAAAGAGAGCAUAUAAAUUUGAUUUUUUUCAAAAUGCAAAAAAUGCUAAACAGUUGUGUUUUCCUGUAUCAUUUUACAAAGCAAAAGUCCGUUUCAAAGCAGUACUUCGUUUUUGUUAUUUCUCAACAAGUUGUAUGUUCAUAUAUUCAUAACAGAGAAAUAAAACAACUUCCAGCUUA